CUUGCAGAAGUGAACAACUAACCUGCUCCUCCUCCAUUUGGAUGAACUGCUACUCGACAGGGGAAAUCUACUGCUUUAAGCUAUACCCAAAUACUAUCCCAUUGCUAUUGCACCUAUGAGCUUGGAUGAGUGACUGAAGACAGGAUGGCCAACUCAGCCCUGGAGAUAGUGGGACUUUUAUUGUCCUUGAUAGGUUUGAUUGGGGCAGCUGCGGUCACUGGAAUGCCGAUGUGGCGUGUCACAGCCUUUAUUGGGGAGAAUAUUAUAGUGUUUGAGACUCGCUACGAGGGCUUGUGGAUGAACUGCUACCGACAAGCUGACAUACGGAUGCAGUGUAAAGUCUACGACUCUCUGUUGGCCCUUUCCCCUGACCUGCAAGCUGCAAGAGGGUUAAUGUGCUGCUCUUUGGCUCUGUGUGGCCUUGGUGUGCUGAUCUGUUUGGUCGGGAUGCAGUGCACAUCCUGCAUCAGGAACAACUAUCGAGCUAAGAGACUGGUCCUCAUCAUUGCAGGAUGCAUGAUAUUGAUGGCUUGCAUUUGCGUUCUUAUUCCUGUGUCCUGGACCGCCCACGUUAUCAUCAGGGACUUCUACAACCCUUUGCUGAUUGAUGCCCAGCGCAGGGAGCUUGGAGAAGCUCUCUAUAUUGGUUGGGUGUCGGCUGCUUUCUUAUUUGGUGGAGGAUGCAUGUUUGUCUGUUGCAAUAUACAGUCUGAAGACGAAGGAUCACCGCGGUACAUAUAUUCAAAAAACUCAGACUACAGGGCUUACACCCCACAGCCACUGCAGCCUCUACAUCCGCAGCAGUUGGUGCUUAUCCCUCGAUCAGAACCUCAGCCAAUGUUGUCAAGACAGCCAUCAACUAUCUACAGCUACCAAUCCAGAUACCCCUCUGUGCACAGUGGGGUUGCUUAUCUGUGAACACUUAAAAUAAUAACCAGCAGUGGUCCUUAGAAGCCUUUUGUUCCCCAACAUGACUGGCAAGGUGGUACAAUACUUUAUUUUCAAGGUAAAAACAUUUAAUUAAAGCACUAAUUGUAAGCAAAAUGUCUUUAAUAGCAUGGACAAUUAAAAACAUAUUUUUCAUAUUCUUUAAACUGCACUUGUACUUUUGGUAGCAUUUUGACCUCAACACAUGAUUAGCUUACUGGAGUUAGCCACCCACUGUGUUCUGUUUAUUAAUAUACAUUUAUAUAUCAUGCUAAUUCUGAACCUGUAUUGUCAAAAUGGGGGUAAAAUGUUGUAAAUCUGUAUUUUGUCUACAACUAUUAUGCAAUCCUCAACUGUGUAGUAAUCUGACAGACGUGUAUGUGAGUAUACUGGUAAAAUGUAUUUUAUUGCUGGCAAAUGACGUAUGUAAGUGGCAAAAACAUUUCAAAAUGUUUUUGUGAGAGCCGAAACUCCACCAGAAUCAGACUCCUCUAAAAGGGAUUUACUUUUCCUGAAUGACCUGUACCAGUUCCACCAAGUAUUAUAUACAAACUAUAACAAUGGCAGGUGUGACUUUGGACAGUACAAGAUAAACCGCUGACUGACUCUAUUACACUGAAUCUGAUAGCAAUGUCUAAAACCCAUGUUAACCUUUUCAAUCUAUUAUUAUGACUGUAGGUUAGCGUUAGGCAUUCCGUCGUGCUGUACGACAGAAUGGAGGAAAUGGCAGAAUCAACAUAGGUUUCUCAGAAAACACUGCUCACUAAGGGCGUGUAUGCAAAGGUAACUCAGCCAAGCCAAGCAAGCUGACAAAGGGAUCAUGUGACCAGAAUUUGCAAGUCACUUUGAAUUUAGACUAAAACAUCCUUGUUAGCUUGUCCACAUGUUGCUCCACAUGUUUAGCAGCAGAACCUUUCAGUGAAGAGUACAAAUGCAGUAGAUUAGUCCUUAAGCUUAAAGGUCACCACAUUUCCAUUUAAAAAUGAAAAAUAUGGGCAACGUCUAUCUACAACAUUAAAUAUAAUUACAUUUUGAUACUUUGUGUGUAUAAGUGUGUAUAUGUGUAUAUGACAGUUUUGCUAUUUCACACACAUAUGAUUUACUCAAAUGUAGAUAUGGAUCACUGGUCCUAAUAGCUGAUGUAAUGUGAACCUCUUAAUUCAUCUCCUCAAAGCUCUUCUCUGCUCCCCUGUGGACCAAACAGAAAACUGUCGGGCUUGUUUAUUUUACUGUAUGCUGAUCUUCGUGUUAUAUCACAUAUAAUUACAGAAAAAUAAAAACCGGAUUUUGUUUUUACUCA